AUGGUCAACGCAAUAGACCCGUCCAUGACGGCGAAAAAUGUCAAGACCCAGACUUUCAAUCCCGUUCCUGGCCUCAAAGAACGGAGAGGACGAGCAAAACUGGGUCCUCCGGUCAGCAACUCGUCUAGGGCCGAGUUGCUGGCUCGUUCAGAGGCCCGUAGCCGCAUGAAGGACCGGUUCAGGAAGAUACUCGUCAAUACGUUGCUCGAAGGGAUUAUCAACAUUGCUGUCAUCUGUUUGAUUGCUGUUGCCUGUGCACGCAUCGAAGAUGAGACUGGACUCUUCAGUGAGAUCUCAUCCCAUUUAUCCUCAGCAAUGGGUGGCGGAUCAGGGAGCCCGCGGUUCCGGAAGAUCCAGAGCUUUCAAACCGACUAUGCUCCCGCGACUAUCACUCAAUAUGAGUCCCUGAGAAGUGGCAUGCAGGUCGUUGUGGCCGAUCGAAAAGGCCCCAAGGUCAACGGCUAUUUCACGCUAGCAACCGAGAUUUUCGACGAUUCCGGUGCCCCCCAUACCCUAGAGCAUUUGGUCUUUAUGGGUUCUCGUAGUUACCAGUACAAAGGUCUACUCGACAAGCUUGCUUCGCGGGCUUACUCAGGCACCAACGCCUGGACUGCUGUCGACCAUACGGCAUACACCUUGGAGUCUGCGGGCUGGGAUGGCUUUGCCCAGAUUCUACCCGUAUACCUGGAGCACGUUAUUGUCCCCACUAUCACCGACGAGGGCUGCCUUACCGAAGUCCACCACGUUGAUGGCGAAGGCAAUGAUGCAGGUGUUGUAUACUCGGAGAUGCAGGCAUUGGAAAACACAAGCGGAGAGCUCAUGUCGCUACGGGCCAAGCGACUUCUCUAUCCCGAGAAUGUUGGCUUUCGCUACGAGACAGGUGGAAUGAUGGAGGCUCUGAGGGUCUUGACCCCCGAGAGGAUCCGCGAAUUCCACAAGGUCAUGUAUCAGCCACGCAACUUGGCUUUGAUAAUUGUUGGAGAGACAGACCACGAAAACCUCCUUCGAAUCCUGGAUGAGUUUGAAGAAAGCAUUGCAGAUGUGAUACCGUCUCUUGACACCCCAUUCCAGCGGCCCUGGAUCGACUCUGCCCAGCCACCUGCAAUCAAGGAAACAGUCGUUGAGACAGUUGAGUUUCCCGAGGAGGACGAGUCAACGGGCGAGGUCAUCAUUGCCUUCUUCGGUCCGAGCUGUACCGAUAUUGUGCAAUCCUCCGCCCUCAACGUACUUCUCACCUACCUAUGUGGCUCCUCUGUCUCUGUGCUUGAAAACACCGUGGUGGAAAAGGAGGAGCUGGCAAGCUCCAUUGGCUACUGGUGGGACGCCCGACCUAAUACGGUCAUCUGGUUUGAACCGACCGGUGUUGCAACAGAGAAGCUUGCUUUUGUUGAGCAGAGACUCAUAUCUUUGCUGAAAGAGGUUGCCGGGAAACCUCUCGAUAUGAAAUACAUGAAAGAGUGCAUCAGCCGCGAGAAAAGACAGGUCAAGUACCACGCCGAGGCCUCUGAGCAGUUCUACUCAAACAAUAUUAUAAACGACUAUCUCUUUGGCAAACGAGACGGCUCAACCCUAAAGGAAAUGGAGACCCUGGACGAGUAUGACGUUCUAGACCAGUGGACAGAUGAGCAAUGGCGCGAAUUCCUGAGGAGGUGGUUUUCAGACGCCAACCAUAUCUCCAUCCUGGGCAAACCAUCUGUGGAGCUUGCAGACAAGCUCAAGAAAGCAGAGGAGGAGCGUAUUGCCAAGAGGAAGCAAGAGCUCGGUCCCGAGGGCCUCAAGAAGCUUGCGGAACGUCUCGAGGCUGCAAAACAGAAGAACGAGGUUCCAAUACCGGAAUCUGUCAUUGACAAAUGGCCUGUUCCUGGGACAGAAUCAAUCCACUUCAUCGAAUCCAAAACUGCGCGGUCUGGCAAAGCCCGAACCCUUGGUACACCAUCUAACUCGGCACAAAAGCAUAUAGACGGCGCAAAGUCUGGCAAGCCCCUUUUUGUGCAGUUCGAGGACGUACCGAGCAACUUUGUCCAUAUAACUGUCCACAUCGGAACUGCACCGGCAGCGACAAAGCUGAUGCCGUUACUCUCACUCUUUAGCGACAACUUCUUCAACACCCCUAUUAUGCGAGAUGGCAAGAAGGUUGACUUUGAAGAUGUGGUCAUGGAGUUGGAGAAAGACACCAUUAGCUAUCACUUUAGCUACGGCUCACGUAUUGGUGACUACGAGAGUAUGAUCCUUCAGUUCCAGAUCGAGCCCGAGAAGUACGCCACGAUCGUCCGAUGGAUCCGUACAAUGCUCUUUGAUAGCAUCUUCGACCCACAGCGUAUCAAGGCGUGCGUGGCUAAGGCACUUGCCGAUAUCCCAGAGUACAAACGUGACGGCAAACAGAUGUCUACCGAGGUGGAGAUGGGCUUGCAUUCGUCAAAGAAUUCGCUGCCUACAUCCAAGAGGACGCUCGUCAAGGCCGUGUAUUUACGCAGGCUCAAGAAACUACUCGAGAAGGAUCCCGAUACUGUCAUAUCGUGGUUCGAGGAGCUUCGCAAGACGCUGUUCACCUUCGAAAACACUCGUGUGCUUGUGACCGCCGAUGUCACCAAGCUUGACAAUCCGGUAGCAACGUGGGAUACACUAACGGACGCAUUCAAGACUCAUGAAAAAACAAAUGAUAUGAUACCCAUUGUCAAGCCCGAAAGUAUGCUUAAUGACGAGGGCCGCAACCCAGGAUCCAUCGGCGCUGUCAUCGUUCCCAUGACUACUCUCGACUCGUCUUAUGGCGUGAGCACGACCAAGGGCUUCACGUCAUACAUGGACCCGCGCCUACCCGCCUUCAUGGUGGCAGUUGGCUACCUAGAGGCCGCUGAGGGCCCGCUCUGGAACGCAGUGCGUGGAAACGGUCUUGCUUAUGGCGUCUCCUUCAGCCGAGAGCUCGACUGUGGCCUUCUGCAUUACAAGGUCUAUCGCUCUCCCGACGCCUCAAAGGCCAUUGAGGCCAGCCGCGCCGCUGUCGAGGCAAUCGCGACUGGCAAAGCUCCGCUCGAGAAGAAUCUGAUCGAGGGCGCAGUGUCUGGCAUUGUCAUGGGCUUUGCUGACGAGCAGUCUACCAUGGCUGCCGCUGCGCAGCAGAACUACAUGAUCGGCGUCAUUCGAGGCUUGGACCCUGACUGGAGCCGCCAAAUGAUGGCGGCCGUCCGUCACGUCACUCAUGAACAGAUCCGAAGCGUCAUCAACGACGUUAUCAUGCCUGUGUUCAAACCUGGCUCCAGCAACGUCGUCGUGACGUGUGCGCCCCUGUCGCAAGAGUCCAUCGACAAAGCUUUGAAGACAAUGGGCUACAAGACCCAGAUCCAGCCCCUAUCGCACUUUCACGACGAUUAUGGCUUUGAGGCGGUGGACGGAGAAGAUGACGACGUCGAUAGUGACGACAGCGGCGACACAGAGGAAGGGAGCAGUGAUGAGGACGAUGAGGACGAUGAGUCGGGAUCGGAAGCGUGA